GCGCUGCAGCAACGGCUAACUGCAGAUACACGCUUAUAAAAACAACAAAAACGACAACAGAUUCUGACACAUUUUAUCAAAAAUGGCUCUGCUUAAAAUGGGAGAGAAGAACACAGUAACAUUUGAAGAGAAAUGGCCGUGUAUGCGCCCCACAGUCCUGAAGUUGUUACGUCAGGAGUCCGUGUCCCGGGCCGAGUGGCACGACCUCUUCUGGACCGUACACAAAGUCUGCCUGUGGGACGAGAAGGGGGCCGCCAGGAUACAAACAGCCUUGCAGGACGAUAUACUUAAUUUUAUUACUGGUGUACAAGCACGUGUGCUGGCCCACCAAGAGGACCAGGCGCUGCUGAAGGGGUACAUCAGCGAGUGGAGGAAGUUCUUCCAGCAAUGCAACUACCUGCCGCUGCCCUUCAACCAACUCGAGACCGUCCUGCAGGGCAAGACCUCCACCUCCGUCUGUAAGAAACUCCACACCGACCAGUCCGUCGUCAGAAAGCUGAUGUUAGACUCUUGGAACAGCAGCAUCUUCAGCAACAUCAAGCAGAGGUUACAAGACUCGGCCAUGAAGUUAGUCGCAGCGGAGCGCAACGGGGAAGCCUUCGACUCGCAACUUGUGAUAGGAGUACGCGAGAGUUAUGUCAACCUCUGUAGUAAUCCCACCGACAAACUGCUCAUUUAUAGACAAAACUUUGAACUGGCAUAUAUCAACGCGACGCGCACCUUCUACCAAGUGAAGGCGCCAGAAUAUCUCUCAGCCAACGGGGUGCAGAACUACAUGCGCUACGCUGACACCAAACUGCGGGAGGAGGAACUGCGUAAAUAUAAUGGAGUUAAUAGUGAUUUGUUGAUGCAGCUGAACGACUGCUGCGUGGAGGUGCUGGUGAUGGCCUUCAGGGACACCAUCCUGGCGGAGUGCAAACAAAUGAUCCGGGACAACGAGACGGAGAAGCUGCGGCUGAUGUUCUCGCUGAUGGACCGCAUCGCUGGUGGUGUCACGCAGAUGCUGACGGACCUCGAGGACCACAUCGUCAGCGCCGGCCUGGCUGACAUGCUGGCUGCUGCUGACGCCAUCACGCAGGACUCGGAGCAGUACGUGGACAAGCUACUGCAGCUGUUCCAGAGGUUCAGUCUGCUGGUGAAGGACGCGUUCAACGACGACCCGCGGUUCCUGACGGCGCGGGACAAGGCCUACAAGCAGGUCGUGGACGACACCUCGGUCUUCAGGCUCGAGCUCCCCACCAAGAACCCCAGAGGCGUGAACCAGAAGACACAGCCGGAGAGCAAGUGUCCGGAGCUGCUGGCGAACUACUGCGACCUGCUGCUGCGCAAGACGCCGCUCAGCAAGAAGCUCACGUCCGAGCAGAUAGAGGCUAAACUCAGGGAUGUGGUGCGUGCUGUGGUGCUGUGGUACUGUGCUGUGGUGCUGUGCUCUGGUGCUGUGCUGUGGUGCUGUGCUGUGGUGCUGUGCUGUGCUGUGGUGUGGCUGCGGGAGGUCGGCAUGCCGGCGGACUACGUGAACAAGCUGGCGCGCAUGUUCCAGGACAUGAAGGUGUCCGACGACCUCAACCAGCUCUUCAAGGACCACAUGCGGGCCACCAGGGGCAGCGUCGCGGACAACCUGAACCUGAAGAUCCUGAACGCGGGGGCGUGGGCGCGCGCGGGUGACCGGGUGCAGGUGUCGCUGCCGCUACAGCUCGAGGACUUCAUCCCUGAGGUGGAGGACUUCUACAGGAGCAAACACAGCGGCCGCAAACUGCAGUGGCACCACCACAUGAGUAAUGGCACGAUCACGUUCGCGAACGCGCAGGGGCGCUACGACCUGGACGUGACCACGUUCCAGAUGGCGGUGCUGUUCUCCUGGAACCAGCGGCAGGACCAGAGAAUUACCUUCGAUAACCUCAGACUUGCCACCGAGUUACCCGACCCUGAGCUCAGGAGGACGUUAUGGAGCUUAGUUGCUUUCCCGAAGAUGAGAAGACAAGUUUUAUUGUACGAGCCUGAGGUGGCCAGUCCAAAGGACCUGGAGGAAAGCACCCUCUUCUGGGUGAACCAGGACUUUGCCCCCAUAAAGAAUGGCAAGGCCCAGAAGCGGGGGAAGGUGAAUCUGAUCGGACGCCUGCAGCUCAGCACUGAGAAGACCAGGGAGGUGGACAACGAGGGCAUCGUACAGCUCAGGAUACUGCGUACACAGGAGGCGAUAGUAAAAAUACUGAAGAUGCGGAAGCGUCUAAGCAACGCUCAGCUGCAGACGGAGCUUGUCGAGAUGCUGAAGAACAUGUUCCUGCCGAGCAAGAAGCUCAUCAAGGAGCAGAUCGAGUGGCUCAUCGAACACAAGUACAUGAGGCGGGACGAAGACUCCAUCAACGUCUUCGUCUACAUGGCGUGAAACCUUCAUCAACGUCUUCAUCUACAUGAGAUCUCCAUCAACAUCUUCGUCUACAUGGCAUGUGGUCUCCAUCAUCGUCUUCGUCUACAUGGCAUGAGAUCUCCAUCAUCGUAUUCAUCUACAUGGCAUGAGGUCUCCAUCAACAUCUCUGUCUACAUGGCAUGAGGUCCCCAUCAUCGUCUCUGUCUACAUGGCAUGAGGACUCUAUCAACGUUUUCAUCUACAUGGCAUGAGAUCUUCAUCAACGCUUUCCUAUACACAACAUUAUGUCUUUGUCUACAUGAUGUAACAUUGUCGACAACAUGGCAUGAGGUCUGUUACGUCUUCGUCUACAUGGCGUAAUGGCUUCGUCUACAUUACAAUGGAUAUUGGAUAUCGUUAUCACUGUGAAGUCUGAUCGUGAGGAGAAAUUAGAAAUUUUACAUGCCAAGUGUCUGCUUAAAUCAUUGAUAUUGUGACCCAUAACAAUUUACAAACACAACUGUAGAAAGUAAGAGAAAUAUUCAUUAUUCAUGUGACAUCGAAAACUUUGUUGUAGAAGCUAUGUAGGCCGUGAGCUUCCAGACAUUAUUCUAGCAAAUAUUCUCUGAAGAGGAAGUAUUAUAUGAAGAAUAUUAUGAAAUCAAUUGAUUAAUAAUGCUUUGUACAGUGAAUCUCUUGUACUUUGUAAAAAUGUCGUUGUUGAAACUCAGUUUAGAUCUUAAAAUUUUCUUAUGGUGACUGAUUGAAUGUCCAUGUUGAAUGGUUGAAUGUCUGUGGCAUGCCCGGUGGGGCUGUGGCAUAUCAGGAGUGGCUGUGGCACGUCAGGAGUGGCUGUGGCAUGUCA